AUGACUUCUCAUCAAUUUGCCGUGGCCUCGCCACCUACGGAUGCCAUCUCGGCCCUGAAGUUCUCCCCCGACCCCAAUUCUACCCGAAUCGUUGCUUCGUCAUGGGAUAAGAAUGUCUACUUAUAUGACCUGCGUGACGAGAAUGGCGCAGUUGGUGAGGGCAAACUUCUGCAGAAGUUCGAGCACCGUGCGCCUGUUCUAGAUGUCUGCUUCGGAGAGACCGAGAACGAGGUCUACACAGCUGGGUUGGACUGGGAUGUGAGGAAGAUUGAUCUCAACACGGCCGAACAAACCGUGCUUAGCAGCCACGAAGCUGGCGUGUGCAAAGUCGUAUAUAGUCGCGAGCACAAUCUGGUUAUCUCCGCCUCAUGGGACUCGACACUCCACAUCCACCUUGCCUCACAUCUCGAUUCCCAACCGAUUAUCGUUCCCCUCCCGUCCAAGCCAUUCUCCAUCUCUAUCACUGCUACCAAGCUGGUUGUCGCCAUGGCCUCGCGCUCCUUGCAUAUCUACGACCUGAAGGCAUUGACUCUUCUCACCGCGCAAACAGACAGCUCCGUUCCCGGUGGAAACCGUGUGGAGGUGGAGCCUUGGCAGCGCCGCGAGAGCAGCUUGAAGUUCAUGACCCGUGCAGUUGCUUGCAUGCCCGAUGACAAUGGCUAUGCCUCGUCUAGCAUCGAGGGUCGUGUCGCAGUGGAGUGGUUCGACCCGUCGCCCGAAUCCCAGGCCCGCAAGUAUGCCUUCAAAUGCCAUCGUCAAACCGCGGAGGAUGGCGUUGAUGUUGUGUAUCCCGUCAAUGCAUUGGCUUUCCACCCCGUGUUUGGCACAUUUGCUUCUGGUGGUGGUGAUGGAGUUGUCGCUCUCUGGGACGGCAUCUCAAAGCGCCGUAUUCGCCAAUAUCAGAAGUACCAGACCAGCGUGUCCGCCGUUGCGUUCAGCGGAAGCGGCCAGCAUCUGGCUAUUGCAGUCAGCCCCGGAUUCGAAGAUGGCCACGAUAAUGUUCCCGAGGGCACAGUGAAGAUCUUUGUGCGGGAACUGGGCGAGACAGAGGCCAAGGGAAAGGGACCUAAAUAA